CAAAGUUGCAAACAAACAAAUUAACUGGAAUACAGCACAGGUAACCUUACCAUUUAGGUGUGUGUACCAUGGCUGCGAAGAAAAAAGAAAUAUCACUUCAGAUCGCAAUUAACAACCAAGAGCAAUGGGAUGAUAUGCUUGCAAUGAAAGGGUUAAAGGUGGUCGACGUGUACCAGCAGUGGUGUGGGCCCUGCAGAGCUGUCGUCAGUCUCUUCAGAAAAAUUAAAAAUGAACUAGGGGAUGACCUCUUACAUUUCGCUACGGCUGAAACCGAUGGCAUUGAUUCCCUGGAACGAUAUCGUGGAAAGUGUGAACCAACCUUUCUGUUUUAUGGUGGAGGUGACCUGGUGGCUGUAGUGAGAGGGGCCAAUGCUCCCCUCCUCCAGAAGACUGUCCUGGAGCAGCUGACAGCGGAGAAGAAAGUGCUGGAGCAGGGCACCGAGCGCAAAGUGAUACAAGAUGAAGGGCUGGUGAAGGAGGAAGAAGAGGAGGUGAUUGAGAAGGAAGAAAGUGAUGAAGAUGUUCUGGUUCCUGACAGUAAAGCCUACACUGUGGCAAUCAUCAAACCUGAUGCUGUCGCACAUGGCAAAGCAAAUGAAAUAAUCAUGAAGAUCCAGGAAGCUGGUUUCGAGAUUUUGGCACAUGAGGAAAGAACACUGAGUGAAUCCGAAGCAAGGGAUUUCUACCAGCACAAGACUGAUGAGCUCUGCUUCGAGGAGCUGGUCCAGUUCAUGGCCAGUGGCCCCUCUCACGUGUUAGUGGUCUCAAAGCCGGAGGGCACUGAUGAUGUCAUCCCUGCAUGGAGGGAGUUCAUUGGUCCCACUGAUGUGGAAGUUGCCAAGAGAGAGAAGCCUGACAGUCUGCGAGCGCAGUAUGGUACAGAGACUCUGUUCAACGCUGUCCACGGCAGCGACAACAGUGAGCAGGCCAGCAAGGAGCUCGCUUUCUUCUUCCCCAACUUCAAAACCUCUUCAGAGGGGGAGCAGCUAGAGGAGGCAGCUGUGGAGAGGACUCUGGCUCUCAUCAGGCCCGACAUCCUGAAGGAUAGGAAAGAGGAGAUUCUGUUGCGGAUCCAAGAGGCUGGCUUCACCAUCGCCAUGCAGAAGGAGGUGAUGCUUUCAGAGCAGCAGGUGCGCGAGUUAUACAGGCAGCAUGUGGAGGAGGACUACUUCCCAGCACUGCUUAACAGCAUGACCAGCGGCCCUGUGCUUGCUGUUGCUCUGGCUAAGAAGGGAGCUGUGGAAUACUGGAGAAACAUCCUGGGACCCAAAGACGUCACCCGGGCCAAGGAGGAAGCGCCUGAAAGCUUCAGGGCACAGUUUGCAGCAGAGAGUGUCCCAAUAAACCAGCUGCAUGGCAGUGCCACUUGUGAAGAGGCUGCCAGGGAGCUGUCUUUCUUCUUCCCCAAAGAACAGACCCUGGCAGUCAUCAAGCCUGACACACUGGAGGAACACAAAGGUGAAAUCCUAGAGCAGGUCCAGGCAGAAGGUUUCACGAUAUCGCAAAUGAAGGAGACAGUCCUGUCCAGGGAGAUGGCCGAGGAGUUCUACAAAGAGCACAGAGGCAAGCCCUUCUUCAACCAGCUGGUUGAUUACAUGUGUCGAGGCCCCUGCCUGAUGAUGAUACUGAGCAAGGAGAAUGCAGUGGAGGAGUGGAGAGCCAUGAUGGGCCCCACAGAUCCGGCUGAAGCCCAGGAGAAGGCCCCAGACUCGCUCAGGGCUCGCUUUGCAAAGGACAUCCUGGAGAACUCUGUGCAUGGCUCCUCCAGCCAGGAGCAAGCCAUGGAGAAGAUCAAGUUUGUGUUCGGAGACAUUGCAGUGGGACCAGACGGGGACCUUCAAGGGCUAGAACCUGAGCUUGACAGGGUGGAUGACUUAGAAGCUCUUGUAAAAGACGGAGAUGGCACAGAACAGCAAAAACAGGAGCAACUUCAAGAUGGGGAGAAUCACAGUGAAGAAGAUGCUGAUACCACUGAUCAGCAGUCUGUUCACAAAGAGGAGGGACUUGAAAGCGCGGCAGUGCAGCAGUCAGCAGACACUGAGAACCCCACUGAAGGAGGAGGGGAAGCACCUUGACUUGAUGAGCUUACAACUAUAACAGUUGAAAUGAGUCUACAACUAUAACUGUACCCAUUACCAGGCUUCGCAAAGCAAGACUGAAUCACACCACACUGUACCAUGGAAUGAAAUUACUUUUUCUAAUUAAAAGAAGGUGUCUUCUUUUGAUUCCCUCAACAUUUUAAUAUCACUCUAUAAUGUGUUGUGUUUUUACCCUAAUUUCUACAACAACAGAUAAAGAGAAUAAGAAUUUUCAGUCAUUUAAUAUACAUUGGCGGCUCGA